UUUCCCUUAAAACAACCAUCUCCAUUCCUAUAAAUAUCAUUCCUUGAUUCAUAUUCAAGGAAAGUUAUUUUGUGAGAUACAAUUCACAAUGGAUUCGGAAGAUGCAGAUUUUCCCGUUCAACCACGAUUCCAGGAUGACGAAGAGACUGGAGAGAUUGGUCAAAGGGAAGACAAGGCAGAUCGUGCACCUUCAGAAAUCGGAGGUGAAGAAGAGGAUGAUGAUGAUGAUGAAUCAGGGGAAGAUCUGAUGAAAUCAAAAGGUAACGUCGUCGGCAGUGACGAUGAAGACAGUAGCGAAGAAGAAGACGAUGAUCCAGAAGAAGCUAGAAGAAUAGCGGAAGGUUUCAUUGUAGAUGAAGAUGAAGAAGGCUCAGACGAAGAAUCAAAGAGAAGAAGAAGAAAAGCAAGAAGAAGAAGAAAGAGACAAGAAGAGGAAGAGGAGGAAAAUGAACAAUUGGACGAAGAUGAUUUAGAUCUUUUGGCCGAGAAUACCGGUAUCAAACGUAAACAGAGACAAUUAAAACGCUUCAGAAGAGCAUCUGUUUCGCCCGAUGCAAUGGAACAGGAUCAAGCCUCCUCACGAAAGCCACGUGACUUGCAGCAUAUGUUUGACGAUGACGAUGAAGAUAUUGUCGCGCCAAGACGUGCGACUGCCCGUGGUGGUGAUGAAUACGACGAUGAUGAUGACGAGGAUAUGCCAGCAGUAGGCGAUGCACUUCGCGCUCAAAGUGACAGACGUGGUCGCGAUCCUGUCCCUUACAAUUACGAAGACGAAAUGGAAGAUUUUAUCGACGACGAUGAUGAAUCCGAGAUGGAUGAAGCUAUGAGUGAAGGUGAAAGGGAAGCAAGACGAGAAGAGAAACGUGCAAAGAGGAAAGCUGAACUGGAAGAGCGAAGAGCGCGUCGUGAUGGUCGAUUCGGCUUUGAUCCAUCUAGAGCUGGAAUUGACGCUGAGGCAUGGGCAGAACUCAAUGAUGUCUUUGGCGAUGGUCAAGAGUACGAAAGAUUCUUGAGUGCAUCCGAAGACGAGGCUGAACCUGAAGAAGGAGGUGACGAAGAGCUUGCUGACGGAUCAAAACGAAAGACAAAGGCCAAAGUGAAGACUUUCGAGGACAUUUUUGAACCCUCAGCGAUUCAAGCACGAAUGAUGACGCUCGAAGACCAAAGGAUUCGUGAAGCAGAUUUCCCAGAACGCUUCCAAGUUCUCCUACCCGGUGAUGAAGGCGAAGCGCUUUUGGAACGUCGUUUGAACGAGGAAGAACUUGUAGAAUGCACCAGAUGGGUCUCUCACAGAUUCUCGUUCCGUAGCAACAAGAGCUUCCUCAGCGAAUCUGGCGAAUUUUAUGAAUAUCGUGACGCUUGGUUUGCAUGCGUACGUUCGAUGGUCGAACAAAUCAUCAAUUUGCGCAGAGAAGCUAUGUACCUCUAUGCUCAUCGAAUUGAUGAAUACGAACUUCGGAGAGGUGAUCGAAUCAUCGACCUACUGCAGCGAAGAGACUUCUCAGCUUUAGUCUCGGCAUGUCUGAAAUUCAAGACUCUCUUGGCUCGUCGUGAUAGCUUACGCGAUACGUUCAACCAAUUCAGUGAUGACGGCGGAGAAUUUGUUUCAGCUGAAGACAGGGGCUUAUUUGAGCAAUUAUUGCAAAGGACUGAAAGCACAGAUGAAGUCGCUGAUGUCGCUGACUGGCUCACCAUGCGUUACGGGCAAAGAAUGCGAGAUGCUCAAGCAAGACGUGAUACGAAUUACAACAAACGACCUACAGUGAUUGGACAAUACGAUCAGUUGAAAUCGACAACAGUAGCACCUUUCUCUACGAAAUUCAGUAUUUCUUCUUCUCAAUUGGCGGAGAAUUUGGUCGGACAAUCACGAGCUUAUUUCACCGAAGAUGAAGAAUUGACUCCGGUCGCUUUGGCUGAUCAAUACAUCGGAGUACCAAAUGGACCUUCAUCUGUACACAAUGCGAUUGAGUCAGCAAGAAGACUGCUGGCUCAUGAGAUUGGAAGAGACCCAACGAUCAAGAGAGAAGCUCGUACUCUUUUGCGAACUGCUGGUUUGCUCAGCGUAAAACCGACUGACAGAGGACAGUACAAGAUUGAUGAAGAACAUCCGUAUUACAACUUCAAGUUUUUGCUCAGAAAGCCUAUUGCGGAUUUCAAGGUCGUUUUAGCAAACGAAAAGUUACCCUCUCCUGCACAAUAUCUCAUGAUUUUACGUGCAGAAGAAGAGUUGCUGGUCGAGAGCGAAUUGAUUGUUCGUGAAACAGAUGCGAGAGCAUUUGAGCAAAAGCUUUAUGACAUGUAUUGCAGUGAAGGUAUGAGCGAGACAAGUCGAUUGUGGAACGAUGAGAGAAAACAAAUCAUCAGGCAAGCUCUCCAAGAUCACCUCUACCCUGCUGCCAAAUUAUGGGCAAAAGAAUGGCUAAGAGACGAAUGUUGGGAAUUCAUCGGAAGAGCAUGUGAGGUUGCACUAACGAAGCGAAUUGACUGUCAGCCAUAUCAAUCCAGGAGCAUGAAAGCGCGCAAAGAGCUACAGCAGAAGCAAUUGCAGCAACCUUAUGGCCGAGAUUACGAGGAUGAUGACGAUGAAGAUGAAUUGAAGCAGGGAAGAGACAAUGUACCUAAAGUACUUGCUGUUUCCAAUGGAAAGGGAGAUCCGAGAAAGGAUGAGAUCGAAAUGGUAUUUUUGGAUUCGGGAGGUCGUCUUCGUGAAAGGGUGGCAUUUGAGACUCUCGAUAAACCGAGGGAAGUUGUGAACGACAGUACGAACGAUUCUCAACAAAAGGAAGAAAAACCUGAUCCGUCUCGAGAAUUCAAGCAGUUAUUAAAAGAACGCCGCCCUGACGUGAUCGUGAUCAGUGGUUUCUCACCGAAAGCCGUCAGCCUACGGAAACAGAUUCAGGAUCUUGUGCAAGAGAAUUUGGCUGAAUUGCAGGACCAAAAUCUCACACAAGAGCAGAUUGAUGCUGCAACGAUUGAUGUUAUUCACAUCCACGAUGACGUUGCGAGAUUGUAUCAGCACAGCGAUCGAGCAAAAGAAGAGUAUCCAUCAUUAAACACAAUGUCACGUUAUUGUCUUGCUUUGGCACGGUAUGCUCAAUCGCCUGUUCAAGAGUUCGCUGCGCUCAAACAGGAUGACUUGUUGGCUUUGCGUUACGAUGCAUAUCAACAUUUGAUUCCGCGCGAAAGGCUUGCUCUGUUCCUCGAACGAGCUUUGGUCGCGAUCGUCAAUACAAUCUGCGUUGAUAUCAAUCGGUGUAGCAUUGAUACAUAUUAUGCAAGCCUUUUACGGUUUGUUUCAGGUCUAGGUCCAAGGAAGGCGGAUGCUUUGAUGCGUGCAAUCAAUACACAACUGGGUGGAUAUGUGGUCAAUCGGAAUGCAUUGACGGUAGGAGCAGCUGAUUCGGAAAUGCUAAGUAGAGGUGAUAGUGUGAUCUUACCGAAUCACGUAUGGCAUAAUGCAUGUUCAUUCUUGAUCAUCCGUCCUCGACAAGAUCCUAGAACGGCAAGAAAGGUAAAGAUGCAAGGAAGUGCUGAUGCUUUGGAUCGAACAAGAAUACAUCCGGAAGCAUACGAAUAUGCUCGCUUUAUCGCCUUUGAUGCUUUGCGCAAAACUGAAGAAGACAGAUUGCCCGAUCAACAUCCCAGUCAAUGGUGCGAUGAAUUGAUGCGAGAUGAAGGCAGGAGGGCAAAAUUGGAAGAUAUUGAUAUGGCAGAUUAUGAGCGUAAUUUGUGGGCAGAAAUGGCACGUCAAGGUCAAAAAAGAGAGAGAAAGUUGAGCAUGUUGGAAUUCAUCGCAAGAGAAUUGGUGGAACCUUUGCACGAACAAAGAAAGGAUUUCGUUUUGCCUACUGUUGAUGAAGUAUUGGUUGCGCUUUCAGGAGAGACGAGGGCUACAUUCGAUGAUCAAAAGAUUGUCACUGUACAAGUGCGAAAUAUUCUGAGAGAUAUGGCCAUUGUUCAAUUGGAGUCAGGUAUUGAAGGUACAAUUCACAAAGAAUACCUGCUCCCGAGAGACAGUUCAGAAUAUGGCCCUCGACAAGUACCUAGAACGAACGAGCUUGUUAAGCAUGGACAAACUUUGAACGCCUUGAUCAUCAAUGUUGACAUGGAGAACCUUCGUGCAGAAUUAAGUGCAAGACCUUCACACGUUGAAGAAGCAAGGGCGGCGGAUGCUGAAAAGAGAAAGACAGAAGUAGAUCUGCGAUACUUUGACCGAGAAUUGGCAGAGAUGGAGCGUGAUCAAGCAGAAAGAACUCGUCAAAAGCGUCAAAAUGCUAAUCGAGGUACACGCUUCAUUCGUCAUCCUGACUUCCACAACUUCAAAGCAGGUCAAGCGGAAGAAUACCUUGCCAACGCUCCUCGUGGUUCAGCAGUCGUUCGACCGAGCAGCAAAGGUGAUGAUUAUCUAGCCGUCACCUGGAAAGUUGAUGAAGGAGUUUAUCAGCACGUUGAGGUGCAAGAAUUGGAUAAAGAUCCACAACAAGAGAUUGGUAGAAUUCUGCGUGUGACCAACAUUGGAGGAUCAUCUUAUUCGGAUAUUGAUGAAUUGCUGGUGAAUCAUGUUACACCAAUGGCCAGAAUGGUCGAUAUGCUCAUGAAUCACGAAAAGUAUCACGGUACGGAAGACGAUUUGAACAAGUUCUUGACAAACUUUUCUUUAGCAAACCCAACAAGAAGUCAGUACGGUUUUGCUAUCGAUAAGAAAAGACCGGGCUUGUUUGUUCUUGGCUUUAAGGCAAACAGGGAGGCGCCCAUCCAACGUUGGCCAGUCAGAAUCUUACCGGGAAGGUACAAAUUGAACGAAGCAGAAGUUCCGGAUAUGGUGAGCUUGUGCAACGCAUUCAAGACACAAUACACAACCCGUGCCAUGCGUUCAGGUGCCGGAACGUCGAAUAACUUACCUGGAGGUCGUACACCAGGACAUGCAUUACCAGGUGGAAUGACACCAGGUAUAGGAAUGCGAACUGGUGGAAUGACGCCGAGAGUUGGUGGUGGAGCGGGCGUUGGUGGUUAUACACCACGUACGGGUGUAACCAGACCUGCCGGUGCCCUUGGAGGAGCAACACCCUAUGGAACAGGCAUGACAGCUGCUACCCCAAAUCCAUAUGCAUAUGGUAGAUCAGACGCUCCAAGACCGCCUGGAGCGCCUCCAAUGCGACCAGGACCACCGCCUUCACGACCUCCUCCUGCUUAUCCACCUGGACCUCCUCCUUCAAAAUCAAACGCAUCAGGUGGCAUUCACCCUGACCGUAUGAGACAAAUGGGUGAAGGAGGUGCACUGAACGGUAGAAAUGGAGGUGGUCAUGAUUCAUAUCGAGGAGGAGGAGGCUCUGGUUGGGAUUAAAUUUGUAGAAAAUAAAAUUGUACAUGGUACAAAUAUGGAUAGUGAAAACGAAUUUCAAAGUACAUGAUGUAUGAUUUAGUCUUUUCUUGUUCACAAUAAUGAAGUCAUUCUAG